GCCGGUUUCCCCUGCUGUCUUCAGAUUACUCCGCAACGUCGGACGGAACAGGUGGUUAUUUCACAGGUGUCACCGCUCGUGUAUGUGUUUACUAUAAUUUUCAUUGAAAAUAUAUAUUCUGUCAACAAUCGAAACGUGUUUCUAAAAAAAAAAAAAAAAAAACAUUAUCGCAAUACAAUUGCAAUCGUCACGAAACGAAACAAUGAAAAUCGAAAAGAAAGCGUUAUUUGUUCUGAUCCGAUUUCGCUGAUGAGAUAAAAGAGCGCGAGUGCUCAAAAAUCGUCGAUCCGCGUAAGGAAAGUUCGGCGCGCUUCAGUGAAAAAGAAAUUUCUCUCAAUAUAUAUAUACAAGAAGUAGUGAUACGUAUGAGCUUUGGCAUCGAUUUCAAUAUCAUUAUUUGAAUUUUUUGAUGAAUGCACUCCUUUUUCCGGGCUCGCAUGACGCGACUGGUUCACUCGCGGUGUCGGUCGUUCGGUAAUUUCAACGCGUGGCCGAGAAAUUCGACCAAUGACCUUGAUAUUGGGUACCACCAUCGAGUGUGUUUUUUGUAGAUUUUCAAUUUGACUAUAUACAUAAUAGAUUGAAUAUAAGUGUAAUAGAUAUAUUUGUUUUUGUUUCGUUUGGUGCAAGUGACAGUGAAGAGGCUGCGGAAGAAAAUUUGAGAUAAAUAUAGGAGAGUAAUAGAUAAUAUGGAAUAGAGUCGUGAGUCACGGAUUAGAGAACUAAAGAAGCAUAUCAGAAAGAUAUUCAAGGUGUGUCUAACUGGAGGCUUAUUGCUAGAUGAACGGAUGUGUAACUGAGAUCCGUGGUCCAGUAUCGACCUCGCUGCAUUCCAGGUGCUGAUCUUACGAAAGAAAUAUUGGUGAAGGAGUAAAAAUCGCAAGGUGCCGAGGAUAAUAUCAUUUCGAGAUGAUAAUUAGGUAGCGUAAAAGAAUAUCCAUAGUGGAGAGAGAAAGAGAGAGAGAGAGAGAGAGAGAGAGAGAGAGAGAGAUGGGAAAAAAUGAAUCUCAAGAGACAAACGAUUUCCUUGCGGCAACGAGCGUCACUUCGAUAAUGGCAAACGAUUAAAGUAAAUUGCCAAAUCAAGUUUUGAUAUAAUCUUUCAAGAAAGAGCGAGAGAGAGAGAGAGAAAUAAACGAUUAUUGGAUUCUUCGAAAUCGAAAAGAGAGAGAGAGAGAGAAAGAAAGAAAAAGUGUGCAGUUGAUCGUUGAGAGGAGAUAUAAAAGUUAGGGAAAACGUGAUCCAGAAUUCCCGUUAUAGAGCGCAAUGUAUCGGCCAAAUUUUUAUGAAAGCACGUGCCUUCGGUGCCAGCAGACAGUUUACCAAGUCGAUAGGGUGGGACCUUUAAAGGAUUUUACUUUCUUUCACGCUGGUUGCUUUAAAUGUUCACGUUGUGGUACUAAAUUGACAUUGAAGACAUAUUACAAUAAUCAACAUAAAAUUAAUGACAAGGAAGUCUAUUGCAGUAGUCAUGUCCCAAAACCGGGACCCGGAACACUUGAUGGAUCCAGCGUGGGAAUAAGAAGUGCACUCAAUGUACCUAGAAGUGGAUAUGUUAAUGAACAAAUAAGAGCUGGCGGUUCACCGAGAACAGUUUAUCCAUCUAGUUACGAUAACGCUGAUUCUCCGGUGCACAGUAAACAUUUAAAUGGUCAUGGAUCACCUCCAGGAAAUCGUGAUUCUCACGGUAAUUACGGUGGUAAUUCGUCUCCCUACAAUAAUUUUUCGGGAGAUGGAUGUUAUCAGUAUGGAAGAUUUGAUGCGAGUGCACUUCACAUCGCUCACGCUUUAAAACAAACGGAACUUCAAAAGGGUUACAGCAAGGCUCGAGAAAAGCCAAUUGACUUUUAUUUGGAUCGAGAUGAACAAACUCGAUUGGAAAUGAAGCAUCGAAAGGAAGAAGAUGAUUUAUAUAGAAAAUUUGCACAUCAUCGCGAGGAGGAAGAUCGAAGAAUUCGAGAAGAAUUCCGAGACGAAUGGGAAAAAGAAUUGGAACAAUUGUCAGAAAGAUGGGAUCGUGAAAGAGGUUUGAAACGAAGUCAUCAAUUUCAACAAGAAAAAGAUGAUCUCGAGAAAAAUAUGACACUUCGUAGGGAUAAAAAGAAAGAAAGCCUGACUAGGAAAAUGCUCGAGCAUGAAAGAGCGGCGACAGCUGCUUUAGUUGAGAAGCAAAGUUCGGAAAUGUUAGAAUUAAUAAAUGGGGCGAGAAGUGAAUAUAUGCGUCAAGAAAGUUUAUAUCUCGAUGAAGGUAUAGAAUACGCUCAGGAAUUACCUCCGCAACCAUAUCCAUCACAAGCGCCUCCACCUCAUCCGCCAGCUCUUGCCAAAUAUCAUCUUUAUAAUGAUCCCAUUGAAUUUGCUGACAUUGAUCAAAUAGCAAUUUCGGUGGCACAAGAAGAUCAAAAGACCUUCACUGACCUUGUUCGUCAAUUAGUCACUAAAUGUGGAUCCGACAUUGAAAAGGCGAGAACAAUUUUCAGAUGGAUUACGGUGAAAAAUUUAAACACAAUGCAAUUCGAUGAUAAUUUACGGGGAGACACGCCUAUGGGACUUUUAAGAGGAAUCAAACACGGAACUGAAAGUUACCAUGUCCUAUUUAAACGAUUGUGCAGUUAUGCAGGACUUCAUUGUGUGGUAAUUAAAGGAUACAGUAAAUCAGCAGGUUAUCAGCCAGGUGUUUGUUUUGAGGAUAACAGGUUCAGAAAUAGUUGGAAUGCCGUUUACGUUGCCGGAUCCUGGAGAUUUGUUCAAUGUAAUUGGGGAGCUCGACAUCUUGUUAAUGCUAAAGAGGUUCCAAAUCCUGGACAACCGAAGGAAAAAAGUGACAGUUUACGAUACGAAUACGACGAUCAUUAUUUCCUCACUGAUCCUCGAGAAUUCAUUUACGAGUUCUUCCCCCUUCAAGAAGAAUGGCAACUUUUGAAGCAACCAAUUUCUCUGAAAGAUUUCGAAGAGCUGCCUUUCGUUCGGUCCUUGUUCUUCAGGUAUGGUCUUUACUUUCCUGACACGAAUACAAAUGCUGUAAUGUACACGGAUUCAACCGGAGCAGCGACUGUGAGAAUAGCAAUGCCAGCCCACAUGCAAUCUUCCCUGAUCUUCCACUACAACCUGAAAUUUUAUGACAGUGACGGUGAUAAUUACGAUGGCGUAUCUCUCAAAAGAUUCGUCAUGCAGUCGGUUGUUGGGAAUUUAGUUGCAUUUCGUGUUCACGCUCCAUGUUCAGGUGCUUUUCUUUUGGACGUAUUUGCAAAUGCAGUUACGCCCAAAGAAUAUUUAACAGGAGAGCCAAUGAAGUUUAAGAGUGUCUGUAAAUUUAAGAUCGCUUGCGAGGAACUUCAAACGGUAAUGGUACCACUUCCGGAUUGUGCGAGUGGUGAAUGGGGUCCCACUAAAGCCACAAGACUCUUUGGACUUGUGCCAAUCACGCAUCAGGAAGCGUUGGUGUUUGCGGGUCGUGAAUUGGAAAUUCAAUUUCGGAUGUCGCGGCCUCUGACAGACUUUAUGGCAACGCUACACAAGAACGGUAUUGAGGAGAAACGUCUGUCCAAGUAUGUCACGCAUUCUGUGACAGACGAUGAUGUAGUGACUUUCUCCAUUAGCUUCCCGGAGGAAGGUCAAUAUGGGCUUGAUAUUUACACUAGGGAAUCGGCUAGUCCAUCCCAUCAUGAAGUGUCCGGCGAAAAGCAUUUACUCACUCAUUGCUGCAAGUACCUCAUUAAUUCAAGCAAACGAAACUAGAAUCCCAUUUCAUAUAAUGUAUGUAGAAUUUUUUUUUUUUUUUACUUUCUAAUUUUUAUUUUUAUUUUUUUUUUUUGCAAUUCCUAAAUUAACUAUUUAUAUAUUUACGUUUAAAAACUCUACAGUUACCUUUUGUAUUCAUUUUUGUUUUUAAUUUAAAAGUCACGAAUCGCGAAGAAUUACUUAUAGUUUAUUAAUU